AUGGUCCACACUAUCCUGAUGAUCCACUUGUCCUUUUGCACCAAUAGGAUCCCACACUUCUUCUGUGACCUCAAUGCCUUGAUCAAGCUCUCCUGCUCAGAUACUCAAGUCAAUGAGAUGCUGGUGUUGGUCCUUGGGGGCUCAGUGGUUCUUAUCCCUUUUGUGUACAUCAUGGCCUCUUACACACCUAUUGCUGUGGCUGUGUGGAAGUUGCCCUCUGCCCAGGGCAGGUGGAAAGCAUUCUCCACCUGUGGCUCUCACCUUUGUGUUGUCUCUCUGUUCUAUGGGACUAUCAUUGGAGUCUACUUCAACCCUGCAUCCACACACACCACUCAGAAGGACAUGGCUGCCACAGUGAUGUACACCAUGGUCACCCCCAUGCUGAACCCCUUCAUCUACAGCCUGCGGAACCGAGAUCUGAAGGGUGCCCUCGGGAGACUUCUCCGUAGGAAUCACUUUGCUAAGCCUCUUUGA